AUGACAUUAAGUACUAAAAUACGAAUAUUCUGCAUCCAGGUUUCUUCUAUUCUUGAUUUCCUGAUUACCAGUAGUCUUGUGCUCUUGAUUAAUAAUGGACGUCAGCUGACUGUUCGUUUGAUUGGAGCUCUGGGUGGCCGAACUGGUGCACGCAACGACCGACUGAGCACUGUUUCGACUGUGGGAGCUUCCGCUUUGAACUUGUCGAUAUGCUCUGCCUCUCCCAGUAUGGCAUCCAUGAUCAAUCAGGGUAAUGCUUCUGAAGCUGAUCUGGUUGCAAGAGCUGCUGCUGCUUUGCAUGCGGGCACGGAAGAUUCGGAUAGGCUAAUAAGCAGUGGCAAUUUAGAUCAGUUAUUCACCCGUCCGAAUGAAUCUAUGUCUGUCGCCGCCAACCUAGGAGGGAACACAAGCGCCGCUUCGAGCAGCGCGCAGCUGGCGCGAGGUUCUUCCAUGGUUAGUCUGAACUCCAACCAAAACUCUUCAGUUAGCGGUUUAACUGGAUCCAAUACGGAACUGCCGUCUAUGAAUAACCCCACCACAACCCCGAUAACCACGAGCAGUCUACCCAGUCUGUGUUUGGGAGAAGACCUGAGUGUGUACGAAUUGCUGAUCGAACUAGCCGAAGCUGAACUUGUCCAAACGCCAAUGUUUCCUGCAACGGAGAGCAAAAAGAGCAAAAACGUGGUUGGUGGUGGUGGGAUUCAGACCACCACGGGUGUAUCUCUAUCUUCGUCGUUUAGCCUAAUUCACCCAAUCCGUUUGUUACUUGCAACAUUACCAACUUGUCCUGCAGCUACGCUGUCGCGGACCGGAAACCAGUUGCAACAAAGUCUUCUCUGCAGUCCAUCUACUCUGCUCAAGUCCACUCCCUUUCGGACGUUGUAUAAAUUACAGAUUCUCAGCGCUUCUCUGAUCCCGGUUGAUUCCACGCCAUGGUGGAAUAUUUCCCCCGGUUGUUUAUUGUCUCCUCCCUCACAACUGUACGCAAACGCCACCGCGGCCCCGAUACCCAUAUCCCUUGGAUCUGGUACCCACCGCACCUCCCGGUCAUCUGUGAUACAACGACCCAGUAAUUUUGUUGGUGCGGCUGCGGCUGCAGGCGCUUCUUGUCAACCAGACCAAGCUAUUCCUGUUCCAAUUACUCCAAGCAAUGACCCUAAAUGGUUCAUGUCGAGCGAUUCACUCGCAUUUGCAAGCAGUAACAUGCUGGAAUCUACCUCAGCACCGUCCUCGCCUGUGUUUCGUCGUCGUCGAAAUUUCAAAUUUUUCGGUCACAAUCCUGCUGUUCCACCCGACCAAGGUCAGCUUAAGUCACGUCAAAGCGCUUCUUUUCGACCCAGUCUGGUUUCCUGUGCAGAUUCCUCUUACAAUGGAGUCUUAAUACAAAAAUACCUCACCCCGAAGUUUGGUUCAGAGUUACUAUCUGCAUUGUUGGACACGGCAGUGGCCAGUGCCAGCGUUUCCGAGCAAUUUCCACACCGCCAGAGCGGAUUGGGUGUACAUGUUUUACCCAAACAAUCUGGUCUGAAUCCAAUCUAUCAACCGAACAAAGACAGUCGAGCUGGUGUGGCUAGCCUGAUUGAGGUUAUUGCACCCAGUGGGCAUAUUUUACUGUAUCAGGAUGUGGAGAUUGCUGUACAGAGUAUCCAUUUGCUGAUCCAAUGUGUUCUCGCGUAUCCCAACCAACUGCUGGACAGUUUCCUUUCUCUGGAUCGAUUAGCGGAUAAACUACUUCGUCUACUCACUUAUUCCCCGUCCAUUCGUACAUUUUACCAGCAUGAUUCCAAUUUGUACGGUCUGGUGAAGGCCACAGUUAAGUCGGGUAUCAUAUCCAAUGUGAUUCUAAUCGGUAUUUCUGCCUCAAUUGUUGACCUUCUCAUCUUAUUGCAUCAUAAUCACGACCCGGUACAGAUGGGUUCUUUUUCCGCCUACUCCUCGGCCGGUCCUAGUAGUGCUAUGCAAACACCAGAAAAUCUAUCUGGUCGCAGUUCACCCCGGGUUUCACAAAUUCUUCUGGGCGAAGAUUCUACCGGUCGAACAAGAAGUGUGCAAUCUUCAUCAAAAUGUCUCAACUGGGAUGUGCAACCUGUACUGUCGGGUCGUAAUGACAGUGGGUUUGUGGGUUUGCGUAACGGUGGUGCGACGUGUUACAUGAACGCCGUACUCCAGCAAUUGUUCAUGCAACCAGGCCUUGCUGAAGCACUGCUGAGCAUCUACGAGACAGACGAACUGGAUGAAAAGAAUAUCCUAUUCCAAACGCAAAGGGUAAGUAUAACGUUCCCCGUGUGUAGUACUUUGUUAAAAUAUAAUUUUCGGUCCUCGCUGUUCACUCCUAUCUGGUCGUUACUGUUAUUUGUUUUUAUUAUCCUGCCGUCUCCAGCCAUGUCGCUCAGUGUCUGUAACCAUCGGUGA